AUGGGACAGCUCCAGAGUUUGGUCGAAGAUGAUGUUGUCAGUUGCGACGACCCGGAGCACGAGUAAGUGGGGGUUUAUUUUUUCGGUUAAGGAAGAAAAUAUUGUAGCAGUGAGUAGCAGAGAUUGUCACGGCUCCGGAGCCGGAGCCGCAAUUUUGGCCGUUGCAAUCUUGUUAGUAGUUUAAAAGUGAUGUCAUACGUCUUUGAAAACUUGAGGGGGCAACCACUACGCGGGCAGCCGAGAUUUACCAAUUUGAAUUACGAUUUACCUCCUGUCAUCUAUGUAGUAUGAUAGAAAUUUUGCAUUAGCAACUCCCUGGUACUGAUAAGUACACGAAUCUAUUAAAUUCAUAAACCGCUUUCAAAGUUAUGGCAGUUUGCUUCCAAACAAUGAAAAAUUGCUUGAUUAACUUUACGGUAACUAUUCAACCAGAGAUUGCCACGGCUCCGGAGCCGGUUCUUGGCUCCGGCUCUGAGCGGCUCCGGCUCCGAGCCGGGAGCCAGAGCCGGAGCCGGAAAUUUUGGGGUUGGCUCCGGCUCCCGAGCCCAAAGUCGGAGCCAGGCUUCCCAGCGGUCAGAAAAGUAAAAAUUUCGUGAUCUUGUUAAACCAAAUUGCUUGAAAAAACACUGCGGAGGAUGUGACUUGGCUGCAAAAACGUUGGCUGUAUGAUCUCUGGCACUAAGAAAUUUUACUUUUGAAAAAAUGUUUCAAAAAAAUUUUGCAUAGGAGCCGAGGUUCGGAGCCGGAGACGUUUUUUAAAUUUUGCACGGAGCCGGGAGCCGGAGCCGGAGCUGCAAAUUUGGCUUCGGCUCCGGCUCUGGGAGCUAAGAGCCGGAGCCGGAGCCGAAAUUUUGACCGUGGCAAUCUCUGUAUUCAACCCAUUUAAACACCAAGAAAUUUGAUUCGCAACAUCUAACUGCCAUAUCCAUCGUUUGAAUUUCAUGUUAUACUCAAAUGUUGGCUGAUCUCCAAACAUGCUCGCAGAAUCUCCGUAUUUUUCCUAGCUGCCCGCAUAGUGGUUUCCUGCCGGCAUAAAAUAUUUGUCGCUGCUUUGAAAACAACAUUGCUGAAAUGCUAUAUUCGUAAUUUAAAAUACGACGAAGGCUGUUUUCUCAAUUUAUUUUGUGCUUAUUAAACUGCAACGAAGUGAAAUCUUGACGAAAUACUUUUUGCGGAAAUGACUAAAAAUUUGAUCUUAUCUUACCACCGUUAUCUGCUGUAUUUGUGACAAUCAAAUCUAAUUGUUUCUUUGCUUAGUUACUUGGUUUUUUCAAUUUUUGAAACAUGAAUUACAGGCCAACCAAGUCGGAGAUCCGGCAAGAGGAAACUCAUCGGGUAAGUGAUAAUUUGAUGUUGUGGUAUGAUCAAAAUUUAUGAGUACGGAAAGGCUGAUAAGAAAUUGCUCUUUCAUGUGAGGUCAAUUUGGCUUUUUAGAACGUAAAAAAGAAGUUUGGUUGCGCCGAACGUGAAAAGCCAUUUGAUUUGGACCAGAUCCAGUGGCAAAGAACGUACCAUUUUGCAUUCGGGAUGUAUGAAAAAUGAGGUAAAAUGCCUCCCUCUCCAACUAAAAACUCUCCAUUUUGGAGGGCUCCCUCACAAAAAGACGGGCGCGCUUUUGAAAUUGAAGUUUUUCUCUUGGAAAGCGAGGUAUUUUGCUACACUUUUUGAUACUUCCAGGAAGCAAAAUGGCACGUUUUUUGCCGCUGGAAAAACGUACCAUUUUGCUGCUGUAUUUCCAACAUCCCUUUCAACUGCUACAGCGGCUUCCACAAUACGAAACUUCUCUAUAAUGAACAAUUUUAGUGGUUGGUGUUUAGCGUGUGUCUUGGAAAUGAUUAUUCCAGAUGUAUCGCAAUUUUUUAUUGCGCUUUUCUCAUGCUGCUAGCUUGCAAAUUAAGAACCCGUAAAAACAAAAGCUAACAAAACUUCCAAUUUAGCUAGUGGAAUGCCAAAAGGACCUCUUCAAGACCGGAAAGACCUUUCCAAUUGAAUACCGACUGUCGCUGUUGAACAAAUUGAGAUGUCUUUUUGAAACCAACAUCAAAGAGUUUUCCCAAGCGCUGGCCGAGGAUCUCAAAUGCUCGAGGGAUGUGUUGGAAAAGACCCACUUCAAAUGCGUUGAAAAUGAGUUCAAGGUCGUCUUUGACAGGCUAAAUGAGCUUAAGCAGGUGGGAUAUUACCGUAAUCUUAUUAUUUCAUCAUUUCCGAUGAUUAAAAGGGUCUGGUUAUAAAAGAACUUUUGUAUUUUAGGCCUCAAACUCCUCUGAAAUCAUCUUUGAACCGGCUGGGUCGGUCCUUAUUUUGGGAACUUUUACCUAUCCAAUUACUGCGUGUAUAAUCCCCGCAAUGGCGGCGUUGGCCGCCGGCAAUGUCGUUGUAAUAAAGCCAUCCGAGUUGGCGCCAAAAACCGCUGCAGCGUUGAGUGAAACCUUCGCAGAAGCCUUUGAAGAAGUGAGUAAUAAAAAACCAGGCUAUGAACGUCGAUUUAGGAUCAGUUAGCGGUGAUCCCGGGCGAUCAAUGGACCGCGAAAGAGCUGCUGAACGAGGCUUGGGACCACAUUUUGUUUGUUGGGCCACAUCGCGUGGCCAAGUUUGUGCUGAGCGCGGCGGCGCAACGUUUGACGCCAGUUACUGUGGAAUUGUUGGGGAAAAGGUGAGGUUUUGGAUGCUCCUUUCAUACAGGGUGGGUGACUUGAAACUCCCAACCUUUUUUCAGGCAUUUCUCCGCCACUAAUGCACCAAUUUAUAUAAAAUUUAUAUUAAAUUGAGGCCGAGACACCCCAUUUCUUGUGCACUAAAUAUGGCCCGUCUAGGUCCAGGAUGGCACGCUUCACAAGAAAUUUCAAAGUUUCAUUGAUUUCGGGCUUCAAAAUUUUGAAUGAAAAUGCUAAAGGUCAGUACGGGUGCCUCCGUGAACGACCGGUGAUAUUUGGUGGGCAAGAAAUGGGGUGUCUCAGCUAUAACUCGAAAAAAAACUUUACAGAAAUCUGUGCAACAUUGGCGGAGAAGUACCUAACAAUUGUAAAAGAAGUUGGGAGUUUCGGGCGUCCCACUCUGUACGCUAAGCAUAGCCAAAUUCCUAUAUAACGAGCUGCAAGACGACAAAAUAUACUCGUUUUUACAGUCUGUCAGGAAAAUAAUGAGCACUGUGUCACAUCGAAAACUGCUUCGCCGCCGAGAAAAUGGAAAAUCGCGGCGAAACCAAAUUGCUUUUCACUUCCGCGACGCGAUCGGCGCAGCUCUCAUUAUUUUCCCGACAAACUGAUACAUUGAGAGGCUUGGUUGUACAAAGUUUCAUCAUAUAGAAUCGAAUGUUUUGGGUAAAAUACGUGAUUCUUCAUAUUUUUUUAUUCUAGCGCGGUCCUAGUUUUACCAUCCGCCGAUCUCAACGCCGUCGCUAAAGAUAUUGUUCAAAACAAGUGGAAUGCCAAUGGAGAGGUGGGUUUAAAGAGGUCCCUAAAGCGUCAAUAUCGAACGUAUUUUCAGCUGCUCCAUGCCAUUGACUAUGCAAUAUGCUACAGCGAAGAGGAUGUGCAUUCCCUGGUGGCUGCACUGAGCCACGAAGCUGUAGCAGUUUUCGGAGAAAACCCGGAGGAAUCAGCGAACUUCAAGAGGGUUUUGAAUCAUCAAAUGUUCGAGUAAGUGGGCUAGUGCUACAUUUUAUUAUACUACUGGUCUGUCGGGAAAAUAAUGAGCACAAUGUCGCUGCGUCAAUUGCGUCGCUGAAGUGAAAAAACAAUGCGGUUUUGCCGCAACACAAUUCAUUUUCUCGGCAGCGAUACGAUUUUCGAUGCGUCAGAGGACCUCAUUAUUUUCCCGACAGACUUUUAUUAGUAUUUUCAUAAAGUGCAUGGGCAUUUGGGGCGCUCCGCAUUGUGCACAAAAAGCCCCCAUCUUGCACCGUGCAUUUUGAUUUUUUUCCUUUUUGCACUGUGCAGCCAAGUAUCGCUGCUUUAAAAUUUACUUGAAUAAGCAAGUUUCAACUACAUGGCUGCGUCGGCUCCAGGAAUUUGCACAGUGAAAAAGACUUUUUUGAGGUUUGCACAUGCGAAAAUAAUGAAUUCCACGCCGCUUCAAAAGUGCGUAGACUUUAUGUCGCAAGUUUUCCGCACUGUGCAAAAAGUCUACGCACUUUUGAAGGGGCGUAGCACGUCAAUCCAGCCAUUUCCUGAACCGUUUCGAAACUUCGUAUCGUUUUCAUUGACUUAAAAGAGAGACGAAAUGUCGCGAAAUUAUCGGCACUUUUUCUCGCUCGAAAUAAUUGCGUUUUCUCGAAAAGGAAGAAAAAAGGUAAGAAAAUGCUUUUUAUCGGAUAGUGACAUUUCGUUUUGAACGAAUUGCCAAAAAGGGGCGGGAAAUUUUUUCUUCUAUUUUGGAUUGACGAGCGUAGUAUCUACAGCGCAAAAAAUGCACUGAAUGAAAACGAAAAAAUGUCCAUGCACUUUAUGAAAGUGCCAUCAGUCCGUCGGGAAAAUAAUGAGCACAAUGCCGUUGGGCCAAUCGCGUCGCUGAAGUGAAAAGCAAUUUGAUUUUGUCGCAAUAAAAUUCAUUUUUUCGAUGCGAUUUUUGCUGCGAGAGGAAGCUCAUUAUUUUCCCGACAGACUGAUACUACAUAUUAUGCGAAUAUUAAUUCUCAUUUUCAGUAAGAUCCAGAACGUCCUCACAAAAACUGAGGGCGAUUUGCUUUGGAAUCCGCCAGUCGGCUUUGACAGCCGGACCGAAUAUUAUAUCGCUCCGUACGUCUACAAGGUCGACGAGGACGAUGUUUUGCUGAAGGAAGAGAUUCUCGGCCCCAUAUUGCCUAUUCUGUUGGUGGAGUCCACUCAAGAUUCGAUCGAUUUUAUAAACAAAUAUGGCGAAAAGCCGAGUAAUGUGAGGAUUUACGGAAGCGAUCAAGAGAGGCUGGACAAAUUGCAGCGGCAAAUACGAGCUGAACGAGUGACUGUGGUGAAUGGAGAGAAGGUUGUGAAAUACGGUGAGUUCAUAGGGGAGUGUGGAAAGCGAUGACUAAGAUUUUACUGACAGAGGAAAUACCCCAAAUGCGACGCUCAGAUUUUGAUGAAACUUGGCACAAAUUUAGAAUCAUUUUUUCUAAAAUAUAUGCGAGGAUUCUAGGUCGCGCUUUGCAGAAACAACCGAGAUUUUUGGAUCGAAAAUUGGAAAAGAUGUGAUACUUUUUACCGAAUUUUGGUACGAAAAGUUUCAUGCCUAUUUCUACCAUAGAGUGUAAUGUUUCCACAAAAAAUCAUUUUUUUUUUCAGAGCGAAACUGGCAAAAAUAUAGACAAAAAGAGUUUUUUCUCUGACCGCUCUCCGCGUUUAGCGUACUCUCGACGGUCAUCAAAAAAUCCCAUUCCCAGUAUUAGAAUAUUUCAGGAUGAUGUCUGGUGGAUUGCCCAUGACCGAGGUCUUUUCAUUCUGCUACCUAUAUUUUUUAAAAGUAUUAUAUAUAUGCGAGAAUUCUAGCUCGCGUUUUGCAGAAACAACCGAGUUUUUUGGAUCGAAAGUCGGCAAAAAUUUGAGACUUUUUACCGAUUUUUUUUACCAAAAGUUUCAUGCCUGUUUCUAUCAUAGACGGUAAUUAUUUCCACAAAAAACUAAUUUUUUCCGAGCGAAACUAGCAAAGAUGUAGUCAAAAAGUGUGUUUUCUCUGACCGCUCUCCGCGUUUAGCGUACUCUCUUGGCGAGAAAAAUCGUUCAAUAUCUCGGUGGAGCCUGAGAAACGCGAGCUAAAACUUUCAGGAAUUGAUAUCUAGUCUAUGCCCGACAUAUGUGCAAAAUUUAAAGAAAAUCUGAGCGUCGCACUUGGGGUCCCUUAUACGACUUUUUUUUUUAAAUUUUUUUUAUUGUAUUUUUUUAUUUAUAAAUAUUUUUUCAGUGGAGCAAAACACCAUGACGACCCCAACCCUGCAAGCCGCCGACUUAUUCGAGCGCUUCUCUCGGCGAAAGCGGAUCUCCAUCGAGUGA